GUAGCACCACCACCACAGUUUCGGCGGUUCGGCAAUGCCGCUGCCCUCGGCCUAGUCACUUUUAGCCUGUGCACAAUCCAGGAGGCAAUGAUGCAAGCCGGUAUAUCUGUCGGCUACGGCUAUGGAUACCGCAGCAUGGCAGCCCAAUCAAUCGCCGUCGCUGGCAUCACCCAGCUGUUUGCCGGCCUGUGGCAGAUUGCCAACGGAGAUACAUUCGAAGGCGCCGCGUUCACUUCAUUCGGCGCCGCGUGGCUGGCCAAAGGCCUGGCUGAUGUCCCCGGUUUGGGCAUACUUGACUACCAGGCCAACGAGUCCCCCGACGUUGUCCGCAAGCAGAAGGGUAUCAUUUCCCUAACAUGGUCAAUCUGGGUUCUGGUUCUGCUUGCGGGCAAUGUGAAAUCGCACAUUGCCAAUAUCAUUCUAUUUGGGACCUUGAAUCUACAGCUAUCCUUCACCUGCGCCGGCAUCUGGCUGGGCCACGAGCCCAUCAUCAAGGCUGGCGGCUGGUUUGGAUUUUUCUGCGGCCUUGCCGCCAUGUACAAUGCCGCAGCCAUCUUGCUAAAUGAGGAGAACUUUUGGUUCAACCUGCCUGUA